AUGUCGUUGGAUGGAGGAGCACUGGCAGCUUUUGAAACUUCGGAGCAUUUUGACAGGAAUUUCGAGAAAUCGACACAGUAUCCAGAUCUAGCUGUUCCACUACCUUCAUCACAUCAUGCAACACAAAUUACUCUAACUCAGCAGAUAGCCAUUGACACUGGUGUCGGCUUCCUGGAUCAUAUGCUACAUGCGCUCUCGAAACAUGCUGGUUGGUCUUUGGCUGUUCGAGCCAGAGGCGACCUCGUUAUCGAUGAUCAUCAUACCACCGAAGAUGUUUUCCUAGCCAUUGGUACUGCAUUCAACCGAUGUCUUGGCGAUCGCAAGUCUCUCGUGAGGUUUGGUCGUGGUGAUGCACCACUGGACGAGGCAGUAUCAUGGACUGUCAUCGACCUAUCGAAUCGGCCCUACGCUGUUAUCAAUCUUGGUUUCACGAGAGAGAAGGUUGGCGAUCUGAGUACUGAGAUGAUAGUGCAUGGUCUUGAGAGCUUUGCACAGGCAGCAAGCGUGACGCUACAUGUAAAAUGUGAGUAUGGAUACAACAACCAUCAUCGAGCAGAGAGUGCCUUCAAGAGCUUGGCGGUCGCAUGCAGAAUUGCUUGUGAGAGACGACCUGAGGGGACCGUCGGAGGCGGGGACAUCAUCAGCACGAAAGGUGUGCUAGGUAGCAAGGUGAAUGGUUGA